AUGUCAAAUAGCAUGCGGAAACAAGAGCUUGAGGAAUCUUUACAUCAUAGUUUAAAGUCUAUAUCCGAGCUUAAUGAUUGCAACGAAGUAUUACAACAAGCAAAUGAGUUUGACCGAGAGAGGAAUACACAUAAUUGUCAAAUUCUACAAAUACUAUACGUUAAUGAAGUCAACCGAUUGAAAGUAGACAAUACUAAUCUUACAUCACAGAUUACCAAGCUGUGUAUAAAAACAAAAUCAGAUGGUAUAGAAGCAUUGCUGAGAGCAGACAUGAUGGCAGAGCCAUCCACUCCGUGUCCAGAAUUCUCACUUUGUGAGUCAGCACCUGUGAUGGGUAGAGAUUAUUGA